GUGACACACCGGGGACUCGGGAAGUUCUGGGAGGAUUACUGCGGAGGAAUAAAGCCGGUUCCGGUACCGGUACCGGUGAUGUCAGUUUCACUUAGUCUCACUUUUCUGCUGAUUCUGCUCGUCCGGAGUUGCGACUCCAGAGACGCUCCACAGACGUGAUCGGAGGAGGACAGGUGCGGAUCCGUUCCUCUGAGGACACGCGCUACUGGGUCACCUGGAUCUUUGUAAAGAAGACUAUGCAUUAGAGCUAUCACCCUAAUCACAUCCACAUUUAUAACGACUUCCACCCAUCAUGGCAUCUUCUCCUGGUCUAACGGCUGACCCGUUACCCAUGCUUCAGCUCCAGGAGGUGGACUCCAGCAAAGCUGCAGAGAGGCCAGCCUCUCCUGGACUUGUUCCUACCAUGUAUAGUCCGCCGCUGGGGAUUGAUGGCCACGCAGUCUGUAUUCCCUCUCCAUACACAGACAGUAACCAUGACUACAAUCAUGGACCUUUGGCUUUCUAUGGUCCAUCUGUGCUGGGUUACACCAGGUCACCCAUCACUGACAGUCCAUCGUCCCUAUGUCCCCCAAUAAGCCCCUCAGCCUUUUGGACAUCCCACGGUCACCACAACCUACCCUCCCUGACUCUGCACUGUACCCAGCCUCUAGUCUACAAUGAACCCAGCGCACAUUCCCACUGGCUCAACCCAAAAGCCCAUGGUAUCAACCCCAACAGCUCUGUCAUCAGCUGUAACAAGCUCCUAGGGAAGAAAUCUGAAGAUGAAGUGAAAUCCUCACCGUGUUCCUCCGCUGUAGGGAAAGCAGACAUGCACUUUUGUGCAGUGUGUCACGACUACGCCUCCGGGUACCACUAUGGUGUCUGGUCGUGUGAGGGUUGCAAAGCUUUUUUCAAGAGAAGCAUCCAAGGGCACAAUGACUACAUUUGCCCCGCCACAAAUCAAUGCACCAUCGACAAGAACCGACGUAAAAGCUGCCAGGCCUGCAGACUACGUAAAUGCUAUGAAGUGGGCAUGAUGAAAUGUGGUGUGAGGCGUGAACGCUGCAGCUACCGAGGAGCCCGACUUCGUCGAGGAGGACUCCAGCCUCGGGAUACAUCAGGCAGGGGUUUGGAAAGAGUUGGGAUCGGCUCUCGAGUGCAGCGCCUCCACCCUACAGAAGUACCUCCUUCCCUGUUUGCUCCUCUCACUCAGCUGCACCAUGCAAACCACUCAUCCAUGAGCCCAGAGGAGUUCAUCUCCCGCAUCAUGGAGGCAGAGCCACCUGAGAUCUACCUCAUGGAGGACCUGAAGAAGCCCUUCACCGAGGCCAGCAUGAUGAUGUCUCUCACCAACCUGGCUGACAAGGAACUGGUGCUCAUGAUCAGCUGGGCUAAGAAGAUCCCAGGAUUCAUAGAGCUGAGUCUAGCAGACCAAAUCCACCUGCUGAAGUGCUGUUGGCUGGAGAUCCUGAUGCUGGGCCUCAUGUGGAGGUCAGUGGAUUACCCUGGGAAGCUCAUCUUCUCUCCAGACUUUAAACUCAGCAGGGAAGAGGGACAAUGUGUGGAAGGCAUCAUGGAGAUCUUCGACAUGCUUCUGGCAGCCACGUCUCGUUUCCGUGAGCUGAAGCUACAGAGGGAGGAGUACGUCUGUCUGAAGGCCAUGAUACUCCUCAACUCCAAUCUGUGCACCAGUCCCCCGCAGACAGCCGAGGAGCUGGAGAGCAGGAACAAGCUGCUGCGGCUCCUGGACUCUGUGAUCGAUGCGCUGGUCUGGGCCAUUUCCAAACUGGGGCUGUCGACCCAGCAGCAGACUCUUCGUCUCGGCCACCUCACCAUGCUGCUCUCCCACAUCCGCCAUGUCAGUAACAAAGGGAUGGAUCACUUGUCAACCAUGAAGAGGAAGAACGUGGUCCUGGUUUACAACCUCCUCCUGGAGAUGUUAGAUGCUAACACAUCCAGCAGCAGUAGCACUCAAACCUCAUCCUCACCAAACUCUGACACCUACUCUGAUGGGUUUCAGUACCCCCCUCCUCCGUUCCACCUGCAGCCGGACUCAGACCAGUUCCUCAUUACCGAUCCAGGUGUCGACAGCUUUGCUGAACCUGCACAGAAAUCAGCCAAAGACCAGAUUGUCAAUGGGACCCUGCAGGCUGGGACACUCCCAUCAACACCAUCACAGACUGUGGUUGGGUCUCAAAUAGACAGCAAUGGCUACAUCCCUGCGGAGCAGUGGCCACUAGAUACGGAGGAUGCAGGUUCGUCAGUGGAGCCAAUAGGUUACAUAAUCCCUGAUCGAGUUGCCAUGGAAACAGCCUUAGAGGGGUGAAAGGACAAUAAAACCAAACCUAAAACGAACCACCCCAGAACAAUGACAAAAGAAACCAAAAGGGAGGAGGAGAGCGAGUCCAACAAAGAAAAACCCAAACUUGUGCUUUUUGUGAGGCGAAGGCCUUUGCUGGUUCCACCGAAGAUGUUUUUGUCUUUGGAACCAAAACCAUUUUUGAUCAACUGCAUAUUUUGUGCUGGUAAAUACUUUCUGUGGAUGCACAAACAUCGCUGAACCUGUCGAGUUUGUGUUCUUUGUUUUUCUCACACACACUUUGGAAUGUUUUUCUCGUUGGUGUAACUUGUAGAAGAAGCCGUCUGAAACCGUGUUAUAGAAGGUGCAUGUGGAACACAGCUAGUGUCAGUAGUGUGACUCUGGAAAAGGACACACUUCUAAUUUACCGUGACUGCAGUGUAGCUUCCUUUUCUUCUGCUGUUGUGUACUUUGGUGUGUAACUCAAUGUUUGUUAAUGCAGAAUUUUCUACUCUUGGGCAACUUGUCAGCACAGCUGAGACGCAGCAGCUUGUGGCCUUUUCCUGAAGUGACUGUUAUAAUUCUUCUCUCUGUUUAUCUGGUUAUACUAAGGCUGAAUGUACACAACAGGAAGUGGACCACAGCUGAAAGCUCAGCAAAAAGAAAAGCAGAAAGGUUUCUCUGGGUAAAAACAGCUGAAACUGGGAACAUCAGGAUUUAGUGCAAAAAUCUACAAAUCUACUUAGACUGAGAGACCACCGGAAGGCUCAGGAACCCUUUGCAGGUGUUUUGGAUUCAUCAGCUGAUAAUACCAUCUAAGUGCUUAGCAGUGCAACCUGUACAAUAAUUAAAAUUAGACACAUACGUUUUGAUGGUCAAGUAAAACAAUUUAGCUUUUCUUUGGGGUAAACGAGUAAAACUGAGAGUUAAACUGUUAAAACACAAAGCUUCAGAAUGUUGAUAAGUUAUGUUCGAUGUUUUUUAGAGUAAAAAUAACUGUAAAAUCUACUGCAGGCAAAAAGGAAAUUUGCCCUAAAAUAAAUAAAAGACCAAACCCACAAUUUACCGGUCGGUCUACGUUCCUACCCACACGGAUGGUCACGAGCUUCGGGCAGGGACCAAAAGAACGAGAUCACGGAUACAAGCGGCUGAAAUUAGUUUUCUCCGCAGGGUGUCUGGGCUCUCCCUUAGAGAUAGGGUGAGAAGCUUGGUCACCCGGGAGGGGCUCGGAGUAGACCCGCUGCACCUCUACAUCGAGAGGAGCCAGUCGAGGUGGCUCAGGUAAGGAUGUCUCCAGGUUGCCUCCCUGGUGAGAUUUUCUGGGCACAUCCAGCCGGGAGGGGAGCCAAAGGAAGAUCCAGGACACGCUGGAGGGACUAUGUCUCUCAGCUGGCCAGGGAACACUUUGGGAUUCCCCCCGGAGGAGCUGGCCCAAGUGGCCGGGGAGAGGGAAGUCUGGGUGUCUCUGCUUAGGCUGCCAGUGAUUUGCUCCACUCUGCCUCCAAAUGGUUCUCUUUUCACGGGUCAGCGCCUUGGGCUUCCCGACAGGGUCAUGGAUGGCACUUUAUAAAUAAAGCUUUGAUUGAUUUUCAUCUCACAGAAAGGAACAAAUGUGCUAAGGUUUUGGCCUCCUCACCCAACGUGCGUCUGUUUUGGAUGCCACUUUGUGUAAGUUCAGCCUUAGUGCCAGAUGAUCUAACCACUGCUAAUGUGUCAGCUAUCCUGUCUGUGGCUUGCACAUGCAUGAACACACUAACAGAUGCUGAAGAGGCUCAGAAUUAGGAUCCUACAGAACUCGUCGGGCCGCAGACGAGCUAAAUGCAAACCCAGUGACACAGAAAACAAUCAACAGUUUAUUAUCAGGCAAAAACACACCAUCUUUACACGUGGAUCACCAAAUAAAACAAACUUUACACACGU